UUGGUUGAUCAUCCUACGCGUCCACAAGAGAGAAGCACACAGCAAAUUGAAUUUAGUCGUUUACGUCACUUUGUAGCUAUUUUCACCAAACUAAGAGCAUGUUUCGGCCUAUAGUUUCAUAUAAUACCAUUUCUAUCGAUCAACUUUAGUUGAUAAUACGUAUUGUUAAGUGCAGUAUCUUAACUAGCUAGAUUUGAAAUGGUAAAUCGAAAUAAUAUAUUUUAAAGGCAAACGCUUAUUUUCUUAUUCAACUAACGCGUUAGCUAGUUACUGACAGUUUAGACCGCUAACGUUAACUUCACACAGUACGUUAGUACACAUGGCUUCUGUCCUGAAAGUUCAAACCUUACAGGGUUUAAGAAUGUUUCAACAGAAAUUGAUAUGGACCAAAGGAUUUGUGCGGUUUGCCUCAAUUGGGCAAGGCAGGAUAGACAAAGUCCUCAUUGCCAACAGAGGAGAAAUCGCCUGUCGUGUGAUGCGAACAGCAAAGAAGAUGGGUGUGCGCUCUGUGGCAGUAUACAGUGAUGCAGAUCGUCAUUCCAUGCAUGUGGCCAUGGCGGAUGAGGCCUAUAACAUUGGGCCAGCCGCAUCCCAGCAGAGUUACUUGUCCAUGGAGAAAGUCUUGGAGGUUGCCAAGAGAUCUGGAUCACAUGCUGUCCACCCAGGAUAUGGCUUCCUGUCAGAGAACACAGAGUUUGCUGAGGCAUGCAAACAGGAGGGUAUCAUCUUUAUUGGCCCUCCAUCAUCUGCUAUCAGAGACAUGGGUAUCAAAAGUACAUCAAAAUACAUAAUGUCAGCUGCGGGUGUUCCUAUCAUCGAGGGUUACCACGGAGAGGACCAAUCGGAUGAGAAGCUCCAAGCUGAGGCUGUCAGGAUAGGCUACCCAGUGAUGAUAAAGGCUGUGCGUGGCGGGGGUGGUAAAGGAAUGCGCAUUGCACACACCGCUGAAGACUUCCAUGAGCAGCUUGUGUCUGCAAGACGAGAGGCUCGCAAGUCCUUCAAUGAUGAUGUCAUGCUAGUGGAGAAAUUUGUAGAGGACCCCAGACAUGUGGAGGUCCAGGUUUUUGGGGACCAGCAUGGAAAUGCUGUCUACCUGUUUGAGAGGGACUGCAGUGUGCAGAGAAGGCACCAGAAGAUCAUUGAGGAAGCACCAGGGCCUGGAAUUAGCGAGGAGGUGAGGCGGAAACUGGGUGAGGCAGCCGUGAGAGCAGCCAAAGCCGUCAACUAUGUGGGAGCAGGCACUGUGGAGUUCAUCAUGGAUGCACAGCACAACUUCUUCUUCAUGGAGAUGAACACGCGUCUGCAGGUGGAGCACCCUGUGUCUGAGAUGAUCACUGGUACUGACCUGGUGGAGUGGCAGCUCAGGGUGGCUGCAGGCGAGAGGUUGCCCCUCCUGCAGGAGGAGAUAGAACUGAUGGGCCAUUCGUUUGAGGCCAGGAUAUACGCUGAAGACCCCAACAACGACUUCCUCCCUGGGGCAGGAUCCCUCCUUCAUCUGUCUACACCCCUGGCAGACGAGUGCACACGCAUCGAGACAGGCGUCAGGGAAGGAGAUGAAGUGUCAGCCCACUACGACCCCAUGAUCGCUAAACUGGUGGUGUGGGGAGAGGACCGCUCUGCUGCUUUGAGGAAGCUCAGAUACUGCUUACGCCAGUACAACAUUGUAGGCCUCAACACCAAUAUUGACUUCCUGCUAAGUCUGUCUGGCCACCCAGAGUUUGAGGCGGGGAAUGUGACCACCAGCUUCAUCCUCCAGCAUUAUGAGCAGCUGUUCCCCAAGCCCAGCCCUCCCUCCAGGGCCACACUGUGUCAGGCUGCCCUGGGCCUGCUGCUCAGAGAGAGGGCCAGCACUCGAACCUUCAGAGACCAGUCCAACGAUCCCUUCUCUCCUUUUGCCUCCAGUAACGGCAGGAGGGUGAACAUCCUAUAUAGUAGGAAUAUGACACUCCAGCUGGGUGAAACUAGUGAGUCCAAACCUCCUUCAAAAGCACAGAGGAAGCAGCCAGUAGACCUUGGUCAACACAAAUACUCAACUGAACACAGAAGAUGACAGACAAACUCAGAAACAACAUGCAUCGUGAAACAAUACUUUUUCUACUGGUUGCGAUCAUAAUUGGAAACAGCCUUAUGACUGCUGCAUUGGACCAGACGAUCAUCACCACAGAUGAGUCUGGCCUAAACAACCCUGAGCCCACCGAGCAAUCAAGCCUACCAGAGAAGCCUGUUCUUCAGCCCAAAGAGACCGUUCCUGUCACCGGAAACUAUGUGCUGAAUGACACUUCUUUAUCAGGGGUGAGACAUCAUGUGGUUUGUCACCUAAGUCGUGAAAAAACAACGAAGGCCAUUCUCAUACACAUUACUAUGUUUGGUCAUGAGUUCGACCAUACAAUCAUUAUGAUACUAUACUAAAUCUAUAACAAGAAUUAAGUUAUCACUUGUUUGCUAUUGCUUUUGUCCUUUUCCAAUCCAAUGGUAUGUUGAUCCUUUUUCAGAAAGCUUUCUAUUUCAACUUAGACCCUUCCACCACCCUCGCUACAGGUAGAUGUGGUCAAAAAGAGGCCCCAAAAAGAGGCCUUUUCCUCUCCGACUCACAGGUUGACCACAACUCUUCCAUGUAACGAUCAGAAGCAGAGCAAUACAUUAUAUCUAUAUAUGGCUCUGAGCAGAAGCUAAUUCAUUCAAAUGCAUUUGCAUGAUGUUUUGCAUGUUUGGCUUUUAAUAAAAACAAUGAUUUAUUUAAUGCACAUCAUUAACUAUUUUUCCUCCCACCGGAAGGGAACAUAUCCUAUGUGUCAAAGGUCAAAGCUAAUUUGGCACCAAGCAAAGGAAAUAAAAACUAUCCUGGGGUGAUAGAACAUGAAAAGCUGUUCCCAACUGCCGCUGACCACAGCCUCAAGUGUAAUUCUCAGACCGAGU